ACGGCCGUUACCCCGGCAACCGCCCGGCUUCCCGCGCCCACCCACCUCUGCCGGGCUACGGCGAGCGGCGAGCGGCAGAAAGAGCCGGCGCGGGCGGGGGGCGAAGCGCCCCCUGCCCUUCCCUGCAGAGCCGGGGGCAGGUGAGGGAGAGCCCCGGCCGGGAACUGCUCCCCCCGCUUCCCUGGCUGCACCCAGCCCCGCCUCGCCCUCUGCUUUUCCCUGCAGAGCCGGGGGCAGCAAGGGUUCAACGAUCAUUCAGAAUCUGAAGUGGAGGAAUCUGAGGACCACACACCUACAGUUGAAUCCCCACCAUCACUGGAUGACCUACCCGGCGUGGAAGCACCAGCAUCUGCAGCCCAGCCAUCUGUAGUGGAACUGCCAGUGUCUGCAGACCAGCUGGCUGCCAAAAGCCACCACGUUCUGAUCACCACUUCCUGCUCAUUGUAUAGUCUGCAUCCAGGGAAAGCUCACCUGAGAUCAGUUCACCUGUGGGUGAACUUCAGGCUUUAAAGUCAAGAUGCACACCUCUGAAUCCACACAGGAUGGCAGUAACACCGUUGAGACUGUGUUGUCAGCAGCAGAGAUUACAUUUGAAUCAUUGGAGAAUCCAGAGGCUUUUGGAGACCCCUAUCAAGUUGCCAUGAAUUAUGUGGAGGAACAUAAAAUUCUACAGAUAUUUCAGGAGAUCACAGAAAAACUGCUGAUCCAUAAGCCUGAUGACCCCUUGGAGUUCAUAUUGCUGGAGGUGCAGUCUAUGAUAAAUGCCAGGCAAGCAGAACCGGAGAAACUAUCGGAAUAGAACAAAGAUGUGUAGGUGUUUCUAGAAGAGGGCUUGUGCACUCCUUUUGGCCCCCAUUGACCUUGGUGUCGUGGUAUUGCCACACCAUGCCUUCACAGCACCAUGUAGUCAUUAACAGUAACUUGGAAAAGAUCUGCUUCUCUGUCUCUUGCCUUGUUUCUCUGUUUUGAAUGUCUGUGCUUCCCCCUGGGUUUAAAUCCUGCAGCUAAGUUUUGGUUUGGAAUCACACUGAGAUCUAAGUGUGCAUGGAUGUGCAUGCAUAUAUGGCACAUCUCGAAGAGGCAGGUCUGCUGAACUUCUAGACAUAUAAAUGCAUAAAUCUCAUAUUUUGACCAAUCCACACUCUGCCUCUCUGUGCAGAGAAACCUCACAGCUCACACAAUGCAAGGACAAAAGCAAGUAGAGUUAAAAAGGAGCCCUGGACAACCCACAGCCUUCUUUUUUCAUGCUGCAUCAGUGGCUUACUGUGUCCAGUUAUGCAUCAGCAGCACCAAUGCCUAUCUCGUACUUUGAUAGCUUGUGUCCAGGCUUUCCCACUGCCCCCAGAGCUCCUCUAAUGCAAGAAGCUGCCUCUCUGCCUCUUCCACACACUGGAUACAGCUGUCUCACCCUUAAUUAUCCCUGCUGGACACUGAUCACUCUGCUUUUUGGGGUGGCCCUGCCUGUAUCAUUGUAAGUACAGUGUAUAACCAGAACAGUAAAGCAACAGUUGCACACACCCUUUAUGCUUUCAGGAGACAUUGUCACUCAGGUAUGUGGGAGGUGAAUAAAAGCAAACAAACCAAAACCAAGCACUGGUAGAGAAUUAAGAAUCAAGGUACAUUUCGCAAGCACAUUAUUUGAACUGUGUUUGAUUUUUGAAACACUUACAAUCCUUAUUUUCAUACUAUCCAAGUGUCUGCUUCUACGCUGUAAAAAAAACCCUUUUUCUUUCUUUUUGUUCUCUCUUGCCUGACAAUUAUUGAAAAUGUGCAACAGAGCAUACUGUUAUUUUGGCUUAAUAGAUUGUCUUAUAUGCAGUAGAUGCCAGAAGGGGUUUUUAUGUCACUACAGGCUUUU